UUGUGUUAGGUGAUCGGAGGCCGACGUUCCACACAGCGGCUGGCACACUAGUGGCGAGCGGCGGCGACGCUCGAUACGGUGCGCGCGCAGCGCCGCAGCCCGCACGCCGGAGCGACACUGUCUGCGACAAACAAACCGACAUGCAAAACUAUAUUAACAACACAUACUUCAUACACACUUUUUGUUACAUUUUAUGGCCGUAACAACUCCGUCAAUCACGAAAAACUAUUUGAUUCGAUGAUUCGUGCUAAAAUCUACGAUUCGAAACGCUAAACACAAUGUUCUUUGAUUAGCACUUCUUUUACAAAUUUAACACGGCCUUACGUCAUCCAGAUAAUCGAGUAAACGCUAAAUUAAUACCAGUUUCGGAAUCCAAAAAGCUCAAGAUUCGAGCAAUUUUAUUUCAGUUCUUAAUUUAAAAGUUGUGCGGUGUGGUUGGCGGCGCGCGGUCAGUCCGGGAAUGUGCACCGAUGAGGGAGCACGUGUCGCGCUCUCCGCUCGACACGACGAACGCGCGCUCGCGAGUGUUUAUUGAAGAAACUGACGCGAUCCUUUUGAAAACUUUGUUUGAAUAAUUUGUGUUGGUUGUGAACAUGAGGUGUUUUGUGGUGAUUUUGUUGUUGGUGGCGUGUGCGAGGCUGUCGGCCGCCGCCGCCGGCGUCUCGUGCGCCCUCGCCGACGAGUUCCUCGCGAGGCACAACGUAACAGCUGAUGAUAACGACGUACCAGGUCCAAUUUGUGGCGGUCAAUGCUGCGGCAGGGGACGUGAAGAGAAAGUCAGAUCAGCGCUGCGUCGAACAGCUGAAUUCAGCAUGACUGUCUCCACGAAGAGAACUGCUGAACUGUUGCUGUCCACCAAGAGAUCUUUACAAGAUCACCUCACGGGAUUAUCGCACCAGUCGCAGAACAAGACCGCGACGUUGUUCACACAGCUGUACCGCGGGCACGCGACCCGUACUGUGCAGCCUCUAGCGGCGCUGUACGACGACAUCCGAAUAGUCCUGCGAUCGAACGAAGCGGACAUCUCUACCGAGAACCUGGGGGCUGGCCCGCCGAAGGACCUUGCGGCCAGUGCCAAGAAGUUCUUCAGGGAGAUAUUCCCCGUCGCCUACCACAAUGUACUCAAACUGGAUUCGAAACAGUUCUCCCCCGAGUACGAAGUGUGUUUGAAGUACGCAUAUGAUGCUGUCCAGCCAUUUGGAGAUGUCCCGCAACAGUUGGGCACGUCUCUGUCUCGGUCGCUGGAAGCUGCGCGCGCGUUGCUGCAGAUGUUGGCGGUGGGCGCCGACGCGCUGGCCACGACGGAGCGCGUGGUGGCCAGCGGCAGCGAGACCUGCGCCGAGCGCCUCAUGCGCGCCAGCGGCUGCUCGCGCUGUCACGGGCACGACGCGCGCCCCUGCAGGCACUACUGCCUCAACGUCGCUAGAGGCUGCAUAGGAUCCCUGGUGUCGGAGCUGGACGGUCCCUGGGCGGGCUACGUGGAGGGCGUGGAGAGGCUCACCAAGGUGGACGCUGACGUGGCGCUGCGGGAGGUCGAGACCAAAGUAUCGAAGGCCAUCAUGUACGCCCUCGAGAACAGAGCCAUCUCCGAGAACAAGGUUCGCCAGGAAUGCGGUCCUCCGGCCACGCUGGACGGUCCUGCGCUGACGUCACCGCGCCCCACAUCAGGCUCCAUCCGACGCGAGAACCUCCGAGCCCCUCCACCAGACACUGAACUCCUGCAGUUUGCUGCCACUCUUGCUUCAACCAAGAAGUUGUUCGCUACUCUGGCUGACAGACUGUGCAAUGAACCUGACUUCGCUGCUGACAAUAAUGAACGUUGUUGGAAUGGAAAUGCUAUUGGAGAUUACACGAAGCCGCUGGUAGCAUCGGCCUCGCUGAGCGACCAGAAGUACAACCCGGAGAUCAGCGGUAGUCCACCACAGGAUGCAAGAGUCGCCGCCUUAGCUGACAGGCUGCAACAGGCUAGACAGUUGCUAGUAUCAUACUCGCGCAGCAAGGAGUUGACGGCGGAGUCGUUCAUGCAGGGCGACGAGGCGGGCGAGGAGGGCUCGGGCUCCGGCCGCAACUAUCCUGACGACUACGACUCCGAGGGAUCCGGCGACGACGGCUCCGGCGACCAUGACGGACAGAGCAAACCGUACUUCAACGAGUCGCCCCCCGACUCGUCCACGCCGAAGGUGUUGAGCUCGGGCGCUGCGCGCGCGUCGUGCGCGGCGCUGGCGCUGUGCGCGCUCGCCGCCGCGCUCGCCGCGCUCACAUAAACCAACACACGCACGUAAGAAUCACCAUAUCAAUACUAUGACGUCACCAGUGACCACAUGACCACAUAGUGAGUGAUGCGCAGUGCGGACCCACCUAGUCCCGGAGCGGGAUCCCGGAGAGUGCGCCAGUCCCGUAGUUACAAUGCAGACGACUAUCUCGGCAUUUAAAGAUAUUUAACGUUUGUAAAUGUACAGUGCAUAUCGAUGUUGUCUUCAUUUUGUAAAUAUUUUUUUGAAGAAUCUUUUAGAUUUAGGUGGAAAUAUACAUUGUAAUGGAAGCUUUACUAUACUUCUGCAUUUAAAAACUUCGAGGUGAUUGUGAAAUUAAUUGUCAUAAUAAUAAUAAAUUAUUUGAAAAACUUUAAUCAUUGUUGAACACUAGCUGAUUGGCAAUAAUUUUAUUAAGAAAAUGUAUAACGAUUAGAUUCGAGUGAUAACUCUUAAAUAAGGUUUUUGUGUACAGAUUGUGUAAAUACCUGAAACCCUACUGGUCUAGGUGCUUAGCUAGUAAAUAUAUUUCGUUGCCAUAUUAAUAUUACGGAUAUUAUUAUUUAUAAUAUUAAUUAAGUCAUAAUUUAAACUAAUAUUAUUUUAUGUGAUACUGAUUAGUUGGUAAGUUGAUGCUCGCGUUGCAUCGUAUUGUGUUUGUAAUGGAUUCCUUUGUACACAUCAUGUAACAUGUUCUGAAACAUUUGAAUGCAAAAAGUUCCAUCUUAACGAAAAGUAAUACUAAAAGAUGUAAUAACUACUUAGCUAUAUGUUUGUUGUGUAUAAUUUAUUUAACACGGGCCUAAACCAUGUUUAUUCUGAUCAAUAUUUAGUUUCAGUAUAUAAAGCAGUAUGGUAGUGCGAACAAUAUGACAAGACAAAAAAAAAUAUAAAAUAAAAAUAUAAGUUAUAUGUAGCAAUAAAAAUACGUUUGUAAAUUGCUUUAAAGAUUAGUGAAUAUAGUCUUGGGGUCAUGUAAUGGCCGCUUGACGUUUUGUAUGUACGUAGAGACGGAUUGUUGAUGUGAGGACCAGACGGUGUGUGGGACAUGUCGCUACGGAACAGGAGCUAAUUGAACAAGUCUGAACGGGAUCGGAAAACUGAAAUCUUGAGAAAAUUAAAUUGGAAAAUUAUUACUCGUGUAAGAAAUAAGAGUAUGAAGUUUACCUGUGACGAUUAAAUCGAGGGAAUGUGAAAAUUGUUUUAAAAACAGAUUCUUAAUGACGUUAUAAAAAAUUUUCAGACUUGUUCAUCUAAUAAAUCUAAUAUCAGAAAUGUGUUAAGAUUAAACGACUCUAUCAAAAACGUUAAUAAGCAUUGUGUACAGGAAUAAAAUGAACAAACAAGCGGCUUGCGACAACCUAUGUAUAUUAAAUUGCCAUAAAAUAUCCAAUAGCGGAAUACUUAAUAUAAUAAAUCUCAAGUAUUGUUAACCUUCGUGGAAGUUUGGAACUGUCGCCAACACUUAUAAAUCAAUAAUGAGCCGACCCACGCUGUUAUCCAUACUCCUAUUAUAACGCUGUCACAUACUAAUCACACUAUAACAGACAAAAAUGAAGUUGUUGAGACCAGUUGAAUGGCCUCAGAACUAUAUUUUGGAGAAUAGAUUAAGAGGACCGAAUAUUACAAAUAAUUUCGAUAUUUCAUCAAUUUUCAUGUAAUGGAAUAAUUUGGACAACUUUGACAGUUUUUUUAAUCGUCUUGAAAUAAGAAUUUUAUUUCUCUAGUCGCAAGGGAUUUCGCAAGCUUUCAAGUCACAUGCAACAAAAUAUAACUUUAUUUACUAUAUUGUUAUAACCAGAAUCACUCUAAUUAACUGUCAACCUAUAUAUAGGUUCGUUGUCAUCAUCAUUAUUGCAACACCCGGAGCGUAGUCCGAUAGAACAGUCAAAGCCUGCUCACGGUAAAUGCAUGGAAUUGAUCUAAAUAAACAGAAUAAUAAUAAUUCUACAACAUUACACAGAGUUAUUAUUGGAUAUUGUUGAAAUGUAUUGUAUUGCGAAACACAUUCCCCAAUACUUGUAACUGGUGCAAUAAUAAUAGUCGCAAGCGCGCGCUCCCAAAUCACACCGCGAACAGCGUAGCGACAUGACGCCUAAACUCAAUGUAAAUAUUGUUGGAGAGUAUAUGGAGUGGAACCGAGACAAUUGCUGUUAUAUCUGAGUAUAUAAUAUGGAAAUAAAUUCUGUACUAUACAA